AGCCCCACGGCAUGGACCGGCUCCACCUCUUCUUCAAGCUGAUGCGACGCGCCGCCCGCAAGAAGAGGCACGGGGCCCAGGAGCGAGGGGGCCAGCAGGAGGCAGCCUCGAGCCCGAGUCACGAUGCCAUAGAUGAUGGCCCCUACGCGAAGGGGAGAAAGGAAACUGCAGCAUCCGAAACAACCGUGUGCGCAAGGAGACAGAGCAUACCAGAGGAGCUGAAGGGAAUUACGGUGGUGGACCUCAUCAAGAAGGAAGGCUGCACCCUGGGGCUGACGAUAUCUGGCGGGACUGACAAAGAUGGCAGGCCCCGAGUAUCGAACCUGCGACCUGGAGGAUUGGCUGCCAGGAGUGACCAGCUAAAUAUCGGAGACUACAUCAAGUCAGUUAAUGGGAUCAACCUGACCAAGCUCCGGCACAAUGAGAUUAUCAGCCUGCUGAAGAACGUGGGAGAACGGGUGGUCCUUGAAGUGGAAUAUGAGCUUCCCCCUGUUGCUUCAGAUAGCAAUUCAAGGGUUAUUCCAAAGACCAUUGAGAUCUCGCUCUACAAGGAAGGGAACAGCUUUGGCUUUGUGAUGAGGGGUGGAGCCCAUGAAGACUGGAACAAAUCUCGUGCAUUGGUGGUGACCCACGUGAGGCAUGGUGGGCCUGCGGAUAGAGAGGGGACGUUGAAAGUUGGGGACCGGAUAUUGAGUGUGGAUGGGAUUCCACUUCACAAUGUCACUCAUGGAGAAGCCCUCAACAUCAUGAGGCAGUGUGGGCAAGAAGCCAUCUACCAGAUCGAGUAUGAUGUCAACGUCAUGGAUUCCGUACUCAAUGCCUCCGGUCCUUUACUGGUGGAAAUCACAAAAACUCCGGGUUGCACACUGGGAAUGUCACUGUCCAGCGGGACACACCGCAACAAACAAGUCAUUGUCCUUGACAAGAUCAAAGCAGCGAGCAUUGUGGACAGAUGUGGAGCGUUGCACGUUGGUGACCACAUCUUGUCGAUUGAUGGGAUGAGCACUGAACAUUGCACUGUGUUGGAGGCUACCCAGCUCCUGAGCAGCACCUCCGACAACGUUAAGCUGGAGAUCCUGCCAGUGCACCAGAGUCGGCUGUCACUGAAGCCGACAGAGCAAGUUAAGAUUCAGAAGAGUGACCACCAUCAUUGCUGGGACCCCUGUGUCAACUACUGUCACACCUAUCAUCCAGGGCACUGCAAGACACCAACCUGGAAUGCAGCAACCCCUCUAUCCAACUCGGACUACUGCAAAUCUCUAGUACCAGCCAGUUGUUCUCCUCCUUCAUCUGGCACAUCAGGUUUCAGCUCCCAGAACACAAGCACGCUGACGCGCAAUAUUCUUCCCAUGAGCCCGCGAGCAACUGUGAUGAGGCGGAGAAUGAGAAGGAAAGAGUAUAAAAGUUCACUGUCACUGACUUCGAGCACAAUAGGCCCGGGAGGACAAAUCGUCCACACGGAGACAACGGAAAUCUUUCUGAAAGGGGAUCCGCUGAAUGGAUUUGGUUUGCAACUUCAGGGAGGAAUCUUUGCCACCGAACCCCUCUCGUCUCCACCACUCGUACGGUUUAUAGAACCAGACAGUCCUGCUGAAAGAUGUGGACUUGUGCAGGUGGGCGAUCGGGUGCUCUCCAUUAACGGCGUGCCAACUGAAGACGGGACCCUAGAGGAGGCCAACCAGCUGUUACGAGAUGCGGCUCUCUCCAACAAAGUAACCUUGGAGAUAGAGUUCGAUGUGGCAGAAUCGGUCAUUCCAAGCAGUGGGACUUUUCAUGUGAAACUCCCCAAGACGAGAGGAGUUGAGCUCGGCAUUACCAUCAGCUCAGCUGUCAGCCGGAAGCCUGGGGAUCCACUGAUUAUCUCCGAUAUUAAAAAGGGUAGUGUAGCACACCGAACUGGGACUCUGGAACCUGGGGACAAACUCUUAGCCAUUGAUAACAUCCGACUUGAGAACUGCUCGAUGGAGGACGCUGUGCAAAUCCUGCAGCAGUGUGACGAACUAGUCAAGCUGAAGAUUCGAAAGGAUGAGGACAACUCAGAUGAACAGGAAAGUACCGGUGCCAUAAUAUACACAGUGGAACUGAAGAGGUACGGUGGACCAUUGGGAAUCACCAUUUCUGGGACUGAGGAACCUUUCGACCCCAUCGUGAUCAGUGCCCUCACCAAGAAAGGCCUGGCCGAAAGGACUGGAGCCAUUCACAUAGGGGACAGGAUAUUAGCCAUCAAUACAGUAAGCCUUAAGGGCAAACCACUGAGCGAAGCCAUCCACCUGCUCCAAAUGGCGGGGGAGACAGUGACCUUGAAAAUCAAGAAGCAAGCAGACUGUUCUUUUUCGAAGAAGCCCAGUGCUGUAUGUGAACUGAGUGACCCUGAAGAUGAGCUCCCUGACUCUCAGAAGACCAACAAACUCUCCAAAAUCCACUCAAGCACCAUUCCAAGUAUGGACAGUGCCAUGGAAUCAUGGGAUAGCUCAGGGCUGGAAGGGGCCUUUGGAAGCCACGCUUCCUACCAUCACCAAACAGCAGGGAUUGUGCCACGUCCUCACGAGUGGCAGGACACAAGUCGGAACAAUAGCCCGGCACCGCGUGCCAAUCGUCGGAAGAGCUACCCCUGUACCGAUGGUGGUUUCAGCGAGGAUGACUGGGACAAGACAGCUCGGGUGCCUACGCUGGGAAAGGAAAAAAGAUUGGAACUGAAGAAAAUUAAGGAAGAGGUUACGCCAACCAGUCCUGCUGAAUUGCACAAGAUCACCAUCCACAAGAGCUCGGAGAAUGAAGAUUUUGGUUUCAGUAUCUCUGAUGGCCUCUUAGAGAAAGGGGUUUAUGUCAACUUGAUAAGACCCAAUGGUCCUGCUGAUGGAAGUGGGCUUCAGCCCUAUGACCGGAUAUUGCAGGUCAAUCACGUCAGGACGAGGGACUUUGACUGCUGCCUGACAGUGCCCCUUAUCUCCGAGUCGGGGGACAGGCUGGACUUGGUGGUCAGCCGGAACCCCCUGGCGCUGACCACCCGCACCAGGUCUGAAGACUGCGAGCGCUCGCGGAAUGGCCACCGCCUCUUGCAGCGGGCGGGGUUCAGGGAGAGCAGAAAGAACACCAGGUCGCUGUGAGCAGGAGAGGCCGAGACGUCACACCGUCCCUCCCCCUCCCUCCUCUCCCCCACCCACCAUCCACCUCCCCUCCACCCCACCCCCUAAACACUGCCGGGCUCUUUCCAAUGGUGCUACCUUCCCCCCAACCCCGUUUCAGAUUGGACGCCGGCCAAACGAUGUCACGAGGCACAGCUGAACAGCAGGAGGGGCUGAAUGGCCCGUCCGUUGACCUCCAGAGGAUUGAUCGCCAACUUGCCGGUGCUUUCCCGGAAAUGCCGGGAGUGGAGGAUUCCUGGGAAAGUCGGUGGGGGGUGGGGAACAAUCAGAGAGGAUUUCUAAAGAAGUGUUUGUUGGCUCUGUGUUACUGGGGGUGAAAGGUUGCUUGGCUCCUCAGGGCAGUUGGCAGGGUAAAAACCUCAAGAACGUGGGUUGCCAGAGAUGACAGCCUGUCUCCUGUAGCUGCCCCAUCGCGUAAUAGCAAGAGGGGUGCAUAUUUAUUUAAAUGCAAUAAUUCCAAAAUACACUCCCCCACUCCAGCCCCUCAGCCAAACUUUCAAAUUAUAUUGUCCUUAGAAAUACCCAAUGACCCAAAUGUCCAGUUUCAACUAUUUAAGGAUAUCAGCUGAAGAUUUGAGGCUUUCUGGUGAUGGUGUAGGCCUUAUUCCCUCCGUUAAAGAUUUCUGGUCAGCUUCUCAGGGCAGGUGGGUUUAAAACGCUGUAUGGAACAUGGAGGGAAGUGAACGCGAGACUGAAUGGAGUUGGUUUUAAUUAAAACGGGGCACUAUUGUCCCAAUAACAAAGGAACGGGAGGAACAUUUCAAAAGGGGCAUUCUGAUGGGUAUUUUAUCCAGUGGAUGUCAAAUUUUAAGGGUGUGAGCUUGCAGUCCAAACACACCGCCCACUUAGACUGCUGUCCAGUCAGGAUGUGUUGGUGUGGAGGCUGGUAAACUCAUGCUGGCCAUACCCAGCUCUCUGCCACCCCAACCCCACACCCCCAACUCCAAUGACAUCCUUCCCAGGACUCCUGUCAACCAGGAAACUGGCAUUCCUGAGGUCAAAGGUGGCAGAGCUCCAGCAGGACACGCAUCUAUCUGGCACCUGAUGUUUAGAUUUGGG